UUCUCCUCCUCCAUUGGAUGAGAGCCUCUCCACGUCGAAACUCCUAUUUUCAUUGAAACUGGAGCCUCCCCCUCCACUAUCCCCAAUUUCAUCUCUUCCUCCAACCACCUUCACCGCCGGCGACGCCGCCACCAAACUCCGGCAAAAAUGAAUGCCGCCGCUGCCGCAGCAGUGGGUUCAUGCUUCCCCACCACCAUAGCUAGCCGGCACCUUCGCUACGACUUCUUCGUCAAAGCCAUAGCCACCCGAACUCCUCCGUUUCCGUCUCUCAGCCAUUUCAUCGAACAGCUUUCAGUCAGUGCUGUUUCCCAUGGAAGAAACCUUCCUAGGAUUGCGGCAGCCGUGGCACAAGAGGAAGCGGCUGCUGUGGAGAAGGAACAGAUGAUCCAGGCUGAGGAAGAGGAAGGGAAAGAAGAAGGGGAAGCUAUGGAGAACACCAAGCUUUAUUUUGGGAAUCUGCCUUACCAUUGUGAUAGUGCGCAGCUGGCUGGAAUAAUACAGGAAUAUGCAAGCCCUGAGAUGGUUGAGGUGCUAUAUGACAGAGACACAGGAAGGAGCAGAGGUUUUGCAUUUGCCACUAUGAGUACUGUGGAAGAUUGUGAAGCUGUCAUCUCCAAUCUUGAUGGAAGUCAAUAUGGUGGUCGAACAUUAAGGGUUAACUUUUCAAACAAACCGAAGCCUAAAACACCUCUAUAUCCGGAGAGUGAGUUCAAGCUCUUUGUAGGCAAUCUCUCAUGGUCAGUUACUUCUGAGGCUCUGACACAGGUGUUCCAAGAGUAUGGCAACUUGGUCGGUGCUCGAGUUCUCUAUGACGGCGAGACCGGCCAAUCUCGUGGCUACGGCUUUGUCUGCUACUCUACCAAGGAAGAGAUGGAAGCUGCCAAGGAAGCCCUUAAUGAAGUGGAUUUGGAAGGCAGGGCUAUGAGGAUAAGCUUGGCUUUAGGGAAGAAGGCUUGAAUGUUUGGGGAAGGCAGAUAUUAGUGUUAUUCCCUUGUUUUCCUACGUUGGCACUGCUUCUCCUUAGCUUCCAUAUGGUGCUCAGAUUUUCUUCUUUGAGGUCUAAUGAUGCACAAGCUGUAUUAUAGGCUCCUGAUUCAGAACUGUUGUAGUAAAAAUAAUAUGAAAGGUUUUUCUGAUUCUUGAAUCUCA